UGGUUCUAAAACCCUAGUUCCCACCACGCCCAAAGUUUUUUUUUUUCUUAAACCUUCCGCCAAACACACCGAAAACCAACUCUCGCUGCUUUAGAUUUUCCCCCACCUUUUCAUCUUCCUCUCACAGCGGGGUAUUUCCUGCCGCCGCCCCCUCCUCCGAUAUGGCAGCUGCGGCCGUCCUCAGAAACUCGAGCGCGAGGCGCCUCCUCCGCUUCCCCUCCUCUUCCCCUCUCCAUUAUUCCAGUUGUUGGGGAGCGAUCUUGAGUCCUUUCUCGGCUUCAAAGCCGCGCUCUCCGCAGGGUUCCAAUGGGGGGAGCGUCUUCGAGGCGGGAUUUUGGUGGAGGACGAUGGCCACCUUCACUCGCACGAAGCCUCAUGUGAAUGUUGGUACCAUUGGACAUGUCGAUCAUGGGAAAACUACACUCACAGCGGCCAUUACCAAGGUUCUUGCUGAAGAGGGAAAAGCCAAGGCAGUUGCUUUUGAUGAAAUUGACAAGGCACCGGAGGAGAAAGCUAGAGGGAUUACCAUAGCGACAGCCCAUGUGGAGUAUGAGACUGCUAAGCGGCAUUAUGCUCAUGUAGAUUGCCCAGGACAUGCAGAUUAUGUUAAGAACAUGAUUACUGGAGCUGCUCAAAUGGAUGGUGGCAUUCUUGUUGUAUCAGCACCUGAUGGACCGAUGCCGCAAACUAAGGAACAUAUUUUACUUGCUCGUCAGGUUGGUGUACCAUCACUUGUAUGCUUUCUAAAUAAGGUUGAUGCUGUUGAUGAUCCAGAGUUACUAGAACUUGUAGAGAUGGAGCUCCGUGAGCUGCUUAGCUUCUACAAAUUUCCUGGUGACGAAAUUCCAAUAAUUCGGGGUUCAGCACUGUCUGCCUUACAGGGCACUAAUGAUGAAAUAGGACGACAGGCCAUUCUAAAAUUAAUGGAGGCAGUUGAUGAAUACAUACCAGAACCUGUACGACAGCUUGAUAAGCCAUUCCUCAUGCCAAUUGAGGAUGUUUUCUCCAUUCAGGGACGUGGAACUGUUGUAACUGGACGUGUUGAGCAAGGGACUAUUAAAGUCGGAGAAGAUGUUGAGAUAUUAGGUUUAAUGCAAGGUGGUCCUACAAAGACCACAGUAACUGGUGUAGAGAUGUUCAAGAAGAUCUUGGACCAUGGACAGGCUGGUGAUAAUGUGGGUCUUCUUUUACGUGGCCUGAAGCGUGGAGAUGUAGAGCGUGGGCAGGUAGUUUGUAAACCUGGCACUCUGAAGACAUACAAGAGGUUUGAGGCAGAGAUAUAUGUGCUUACAAAGGAUGAAGGUGGUCGCCAUACUGCUUUCUUCUCAAAUUACAGACCUCAGUUCUACAUGAGGACUGCAGAUGUUACUGGGAAAGUUGAAUUGCCUGAAAAUGUGAAGAUGGUAAUGCCUGGUGAUAACGUAACAGCAGUUUUUGAAUUGAUAUCACCAGUUCCUCUUGAAGCAGGGCAAAGAUUUGCAUUGCGGGAAGGAGGGAGGACGGUUGGUGCUGGUGUUGUGUCCAAAGUCAUCAACUGAGUUCCUUCCAGCAUCAUUGCACGGUUGCUCCAUAAAGAUAAAUUUUAAGAGGGAUCGGAAAGUGCCGCUUCUCAAUGAAAUGCCGUGCAAAAGCACCCAGUGUUUUAUUGUUAUUAUGUUUUAAUGCAACACAUUACAGAGAAGUGCUGGGAUACACAAUUUUGGUUAGUAUUUUUUGGCCUUUUUUUUAUCGAAAGAUAAUUCAGUACAAUUUUUGUUGAUUAGGAGGACAAGGCUUGAUUGUUACCCAUUUUGUCAUGAUUUUCUAGCUGUUGCCAAAACUUGGCCAAAUUGUAUGAUGAAUAAAAUUCUGCUUGUAUGAGGAUAUGUUUUCUUCCA